AUAUUAGGACCGUCCCGCCCCUCUCCUCCAUAUAUGGUCCGUCUGGUGGUCCGCUAACUGCUACAUCCACCCGGCGAAACGUGAACACGAGACGGUGUCGGUGUGCUCCGGAGAACCGCGCUUCAUCAUCUAGACUUGCACCACCACCACCAUGCCGUCUGACUUGGCUAAGAAGAAGGCAGCGAAGAAGAAGGAGGCUGCCAAAGCCCGCCAGCGCUCCAAGAAAGCAGAUGAAGGAAAUGAGGAGAGCGAACAACCAGAGACCCAGCGCAACGGAGCCGAGAGCAACGGUGUAGCCAGUUUGACGAAGGAACUGGAUGAGUUUGAGCUGCGGAAGACCGAGGCACGGGCAGUGACGGGCGUUUUGGCCUCUCACCCCAACAGCACUGAUGUCCACAUUAGCAGCUUGUCGCUCACCUUCCAUGGUCAAGAGCUGCUAGCAGACACCAGCCUGGAGCUCAACUCAGGCAGACGGUAUGGCCUCAUUGGCCUUAACGGCACAGGUAAAUCCAUGCUGUUGUCAGCCAUUGGGCAUCGUGAGAUUCCCAUUCCAGAGCACAUAGAUAUCUACCACUUGACACGAGAGAUGGCUCCCAGUGAGAAGACGGCUCUUGAGUGUGUCAUGGAGGUGGAUGAGCAGAGGAUCAUGCUGGAGAAGGAGGCAGAGAGGCUUGCCCAUGAGGACUCCGAGUGUGAGAAGCUGAUGGAGCUGUAUGAGCGUCUGGAGGAGCUGGAUGCAGACAAGGCACAGAUGCGAGCAUCUCGAAUCCUCCAUGGUUUGGGUUUCACCGCUGCUAUGCAGCAGAAGAAACUGAAGGACUUCAGUGGAGGAUGGAGAAUGCGCGUUGCUCUGGCCAGAGCCCUGUUCAUCAAGCCCUUCAUGCUGUUGUUGGAUGAGCCCACUAACCAUCUGGACCUGGAUGCUUGUGUGUGGUUGGAAGAGGAGCUCAAGUCGUUCAAGCGAAUCCUUGUGCUCAUCUCACACUCUCAAGACUUCCUGAAUGGUGUCUGUACCAACAUCAUCAACCUGCAUCAGAGGAAACUGAAAUACUAUACGGGUAACUAUGACCAGUAUGUGAAGACCAGAGAGGAGUUGGAAGAGAACCAGAUGAAGCGCUUCAACUGGGAACAGGACCAGAUAGCACACAUGAAGAAUUACAUUGCCAGGUUUGGUCACGGCUCUGCUAAGCUGGCACGACAGGCGCAGAGCAAAGAGAAGACGCUGCAGAAGAUGGUGGCGUCAGGCUUGACUGAAAAAGUGGUGAAUGACAAGACGCUGUCAUUUUAUUUUCCUCCCUGUGGGAAGAUUCCUCCUCCUGUUAUCAUGGUUCAGAAUGUGAGCUUCAAGUACAGUGACAACACACCACACAUAUAUAAAAACCUGGAGUUCGGUAUUGACUUGGACACACGAGUGGCUCUGGUGGGACCCAACGGAGCAGGAAAGUCCACCCUGCUGAAGCUGCUUAUGGGAGAGCUCCUACCCACCGACGGCAUGAUCCGCAAACAUUCUCACGUCAAGAUCGGCAGAUAUCACCAGCAUCUGACAGAACAGCUGGAGCUCGACUUGUCUCCUCUGGAGUACAUGAUGAAGUGUUUUCCUGAGAUCAAAGAAAAGGAGGAGAUGAGGAAGAUCAUUGGUCGUUAUGGCCUGACGGGAAAGCAGCAGGUCAGUCCCAUCAGGAACUUGUCAGAUGGGCAGAAGUGCAGGGUGUGUUUUGCCUGGCUGGCGUGGCAGAACCCUCACAUGCUGUUCCUUGACGAGCCUACUAAUCACUUGGAUAUCGAGACCAUCGAUGCACUGGCAGAAGCGAUCAACGAGUUUGACGGUGGCAUGAUGCUAGUUAGCCACGACUUCAGGCUAAUUCAGCAGGUGGCACAGGAGAUCUGGGUCUGUGAGAAUCAAACCAUCACAAAGUGGAAUAGGGACAUCCUGGCGUACAAGGAGCACUUGAAAUCAAAGAUUGAAAAGCAAGCGCAUGACAUCUAAAGCUGCGUCAUACUGAGCCACUCCUUUACCUUGCAUCAUGGAUUUGACCUGCAAACUCCCGAAAGAAGGAGCAGGAAACAUCCCAACUGAAAACGAUCUCUUAUGCAUCUUAUUGGACACGUCUCUUGUACAUGUCGUACUCUUAUCUCCAUCUCGGUUUGACAGUGCUGCACCAUGCUCACCCAGUCCCUCCACCUCAGGCUGCACUCUGAUUGGCUGAUUUCACCUUGAAGCGUCUCAGUGCAUUUUGGAAUGCAUUCCAUAGUGCUGUCUUCAUAGAAACGUUUUAUUUUAUUUUUUUUUUUUUCCAAAUGUUCAGUUUUAUCCCGACAUGUAUGCAGCAGCUUUUAGGUCAUAUUUUAUGAUAUUUAAAAGUUGACUUUUUUUUUUCUUUCGUGUAAAAGAGCAGUUCUGCCUUAUUUAACAAUGUAAUGCAAUAACAAUAAACGGAACAUAAAAACAGCA